AUCUCCAUAUAUGACUCAUGCUGAGAUCAUAUGACCAAUAUGGUUCCUCUUGAAUCCUCAACGCUUUUUGGUGUUUACGGCGGUUUCACGGACGCGAUGAUGAUGAGAGAAACAUCUACAAACAAUCAAGAUCCUAGCGGAGAUACAUGCUCCGUCUCCGAUCCAACAGCAGCUUCUACUGAUUAUUAUAACAUCUCUUCUUCUCCAGUGAAAGACGAUGGAACGGCCGCGAAGAACGACGUCGUUUGUUCUAUUAACGUAGAAGAUAAUAAAGACAAAUCUUGGCUCCGUUUAGGUAUAGGCCCUGAGGAGAGCAACAAUAACACGGGGUCGUAUAAGCUCCAACGUUGUUGUAGCAAAAACGGAAGUGGAAGAGAGAAUUCAUUAGAGCUCAGCUUGUUCUCUUCAUCCUCAACCGCGGCAGGAGCGGUUAGUAAUAGUGUAGAUCACCUACCGACGCAACCGCCGCAGCUACCAUAUCAUCAUGAUCAGUUAUUGACGAUGCGUGGACCGUCGUUGGUUUACAAUCACCAAUUAAUUAGGUCUCAAACGUUAUUAAAUCGCGGCUUUUCGUUUCCAUCUUCAAAGCCGUGGAUACCACAAUAUACGGCGCCGUUUAGACCGUCAUCAUUGAGUGACCGUGACGUCACUAACUAUAAUAGUGUUUCAAGGAGUUGUUGUGUGGAUGAGGGAGGAGCUGGACCAAGCUCCGAGUUUAGGGUUCUUGAUCCUCCAAGAAGACCACAUUCUGGUCUUUGGUUUCUUCUUCAAGCUUCACAAUUUCAGGAAAAGGAACCGUUCUUGCCUCAAGUGAACAAAAGCUACUUGAGAAUCAAAGAUGGGAGAAUCACCGUUAGAUUGCUAAUUAAGUACCUUAUGAAGAAACUUGACUUGGAUAGCGAAUCUGAGGUAAAUAUAUAAACUCUAACUCUUUUAUAUGUUUUUUUAAUCUUCCAAGUUUUGGGGCUACGAAAUGAAAAUGACAUUGGAAC